GUUAUGAAUAUUCCAGACACUGAUGAAGAUUUAUUGGCCAUCAAUACUGAAAAAUUAGACAGUAUACUUGAAGAUAGAGAUGAAGCUAUUAAUAAUCAAACUAUUCCAGAACUUAUUCCAGAUAAAAGAGAUCAUUAUUCAAAACCAGUUUCACUGACAGAUCGUCUUUAUUCAUCUACUGCCUAUGAUCGUAUUCUUGCUGUAUUCUCAACAGAUCCCGUUUUAUCCGAACAAGAAUUGAAUAAAGUCGGCAGAAGAGCACGGAAAAUUCCUGUAUAUCUUGGUAUAUCUAUUGGAAUGAUUACAGGUGUAAUGCGUGCGUUUGUAUCGUAUGAUGAAUUCUUACGUGCCAAUAAAUAUACUAUUUUUGCAAACCAUAAAAUGGCUAUGCGUCAUUCCUUAGAUCAUUGUAUACUUAGAGGUAUUAUAUUUGGAAUUUCCGUUGGUUCCAAAGUAACUUUACUUACCGGUGGAUACUACACUCUACCGUUACUGUUCUCCGCAAUUCAAGGGAAAACAAGCUACUGGGAACACGCUGCUGGUUGGGGUUCCUCCUAGCCUGUUUUGGGAGAUUCGUAAUUGCUACUUAUAUUUCAUCGGCCAUCUUUUAGUUCGCUCAUUCGUAACUCUUACCUAGAAGACAACUUUUAAACCUGAAUGUGUCAUUUAUUCGUGUUUGUUAUUUUUUAAAAUAGAUGUUACAUUUGUUAAUCUAAUUAAUUGCGUUUAUUAAAUCAAUAAUAAAAAUAAACUUUUUCCAAUUUACUGACGGUAACUUGGAAUUUAAUUUUGAGUCACUAUCAGUAUAGACUUUACAUUAUGUUGUUCAUCACCAAAUUGUAUUUCAUUGAGGAUGUUUGCGUUAGUCCUGUCUCACUCAAUAUAAAGCAGUGGUUAUUUGUAGUUUUUAUGUUUGUCCCCAGUAUUUCCAAUAACAUCCACGUAUAUGAUUCAGGAAACUAUCAACAUCAAGUUUAUUUUUUGUUCUGUUUCUAGACCUGUGCGUUGUAUCCAUACGCACAGAGAAAUAUAUACAUUUAUUUUCCCACUAAUGAACCCUUAUACUUUCCUUUACAAUUUUGAAAUUUGAUAAAUUUCUUCAUGCUGUACGUACUGCAAUAUAGACUCUCUUACUUACUGUGCUCUUAAUUACUUGUUGGUUUUAAUUUCUUCCAGCCUUUUUUUUGAAAUUCCAUAAGCAAUCACUUGCUGGCGUUUUCGUAUCAGGGUUAUUUUCUACGAGAUUUGGUUUCUAGUCCCAUAUCCAAACAUUGUCUAUGUGGGUUGAAGGUGAUAGUAACCCUAGAAGGGCUCCACGCGGCCUAUGCUCCACAAGCUGUAACCGGCGUAUGUGCGUAAAUAACUAUUUACAGUUACCGAAGUAGGCGAGAUGUUCGUCUUACGUCAAAACAUCCUCGUUUUCAUAGCUUUAUAUAUACCUAACUCUAAAAUGACAUGCUUGUAUAUCAGAUCAAAAGAGUAUCCUCAACAUAUCAUUGAAUUUUUCUGGCCGCAGCUAUUAUCUUGAAGCGGUGGUUGGGCUUCUUUAUCGUGUUGACUCAACCGAGCUAUAUUGGCUGGAAUACAUGUUCCUUUAGAUCCUACUAUAUCAGACAGGUCGCUUGGAGUGUAGUGAACGAGAACACAGACGGGACAACCGAAUGUGUUUGAAUACGAAAUUACAGAAUCUCUUAGUAUAAUCUGAAAACCAUACAGUAAAUACUUCAUUU